AUGAAUGUGCUCAUUGUAGUUUCAACUUCGAUCCCUCAGUGCUACAAGCGCCUGAUAGCCAUAAACAAGCAACGACAAAGUAAGGCGUCGUCUUCUACUGUACCAGGCAAGCAGCAGUUGUAUUUUGAGAGCAAAAUCCGCUGUCCAGCCUAG